AUGCCUUCCGAGCUGCUCUCAGCACUUUUCAAGCGCCGCUCCGAUGUGGAUUCUGCGGGGCAGACCUGGGAAUCCAGGCCCGCGGAGUCCUCAGCGGACGCUGGAGCGUCACACCUUGCCGGUCUGACGUUCGAUGCACCCUCAGCGCAGGAGUGGCUAAAGCAACUGGAGCCAUCGCCAGAAGAAGACCUAUUGGCAGAUGCCCUGGUUGAAGGACUGUCCGAGCGCCAGAAGGCUGCCCCUUCGCAUCUUCCCCGUGCCGUGAAGCCGGAGGAAUCCCAGCGCUUGAAUGCCCUGGUCAUGGAAUUAGCCUCCCUGCAGGAACAGUUUUCCAAGGAGCGAGAGCAACUUGGAGCAGAAAAGGAGGAAGUCCGAGCAAAGGCCAAAGACCUUGAGAGAAGAGAGGCAGAGCUGGAGGCCGAGAGACAGGCUCAGAGAAAGCGUGAAGAGGCGAGAAGGAAUUAUCCGCAGCCUGCAUGGCUCGAGAAGGUUGAGGAUUGCAUCAACAUUGCAGUCGUGGGCAACUCUGGCGUUGGCAAGUCCCUUCUAAUCAACAGGCUGCGGAAGCUGCGGCCGCAAGCAGAAGGAUGGGCUGCCGUUGGGGUGAACGAGACGACGAGAGUGCCCACCAUGUAUCCGUAUCCAAAUCAUCCACUGGUCCGCCUCUGGGACUUUCCGGGCGCUGGAACAGCGGCCGUCCCUGCUGAGACGUAUCUGCAGGACAUGGGGCUGCGAUACUUCGACGAGGUGGUGGUGGUGACAGCUGGACGGUUCACCGAGAUGGAGGAGGCACUCCGUGGUGAACUGGAGCGCCACGGAGUCCCGUAUCGCAUGGUUCGGACCAAGGUGGAUCAGGACAUUGCCAACAACAAGGAGGACAACUUUGUGGAGAAGCAGGAGACAUUGAGGCAAAUCAGAGAAGACUUGGAGAAAACCCACAAAGUGGAAACAACAAGUCUUUACCUCGUGUCCUCCAGGGACCAAGAUGACUUUGACAUGAUGGCGCUUGUUCCCCUGGGCCUCUGUGGAAUGCGGCGCCUCGCAACUGCCACGCAGAGCUCUGUGCCGUCGGGAUCGUUGCUUUAUCCAAUGACGAACCUCUCAUCCCUUCGGGGGAGCCAGCCCUUGCGCAUCGUGGCGGGCAAGGGUGCUAAAGUCUACGAUGAUACAGGGAAGGAAUACCUCGAAGCCAUGGCCGGGCUGUGGUGCACAGCUCUCGGCUGGGGCCAUGAAGAGUUGGUGGAUGCAGCUACACGCCAGAUGAGGAACUUGUCCUACUACCACUGCUUCGCAGGCCGGCAAGUUCCCAUCGCAGAGGAGCUCGCCGACAAGCUCAUUAGCUUGGCUCCGGACACACUGCAGGGCGGCAAGGUGUUCUUCGGAAUGUCCGGGUCGGAUGCCAAUGACACGCAGGUCCGGCUGCUCUGGCACUACAACACCGUCAGAGGUUUGCCACAGAAGCGAAAGAUCAUCGGCAGAGUCCAUGGCUACCAUGGGGUCACCGUUGCCAGUGGUUCUAUCACCGGCCUCCCGCACGUCCACGCGCAGAUGGGGCUUCCGCUCGACUUUGUGCGGCACGUCAGCUGCCCCUCCUUCUAUCGCUACGGCCGAGACGGCGAGUCGGAGGCAGAGUUCGUGCGACGCCUGGCCGCGGAGCUCGAGGAGUUGAUCCUCGCAGAGGGACCCGACCAGGUCGCCGCCUUCUUCGCUGAGCCCUUGCAAGGGGCCGGAGGUGUGAUACUGCCGCACCUUGCCGCACAAUGGACUCCGGCCAUAUUCGCCGGGUUUGAAACGCUGCAGAGGCCUUCCGGUUACUUUCCGGCCAUGCGAGAGGUCUGCGACAGGUACGACGUCAUGGUGGUGGGUGACGAAGUCAUCACCGGCUUUGGCCGAACCGGCAAAAUGUGGGGCUGUACUGCCUUUCAGCAAACCGUGGAUUUGCUGAGCUGUGCCAAGCAGCUUACCUCAGGGUAUGUGCCACUCAGUGCUGCCAUCCUCCCGCGUUUCAUGUACGAUGCGAUCGAAGCCUCCACGGAGCGUCGAGGCGGAGUCUUCGGGCACGGCUACACCUACACGGGGCAUCCCGUGUCCUGUGCAGUUGCACUGAAGCUGCUCGAGAUUUACGAGCGGGAACAACUGCUGGAGCGGGUGGCGCAGCUAGCCCCUCAAUUCCAGCGGCGCCUCAGUGGUCUUGGAGAGCACCCCUUGGUCGGCGAUGCACGAGGGAUCGGCCUCAUCGGUGCCAUUGAGCUCGUGAAGGAGAAGGAAACCAAGCAGCCUUUCGAUGCCAGCCGCGCCAUGGCGGCCAAAGUCGUGCAGUUCGCUUUGGAGCGUGGGCUCAUUGUGCGGGUGCUUCCCAAUGAUGUUGUAUCCAUUUGCCCCCCUCUGAUUGUGAGCUCUGCAGAGGUCGAUGAGAUCUUUGAUCGUUUGGAGGGCGCACUUUCAGAUGCGCUUGCGGUGAUGCCUCGUCUUCUGGCAGAUCUUUUUCCGGGCCUGAAGCGUCAGUUGGAUCCAGACGCGCCUGUCUUCUGCCCUGCUGGCACUACGCAAGCAGCGCAGGUUCACAGCGCUCCAUCGGCUUGGACUGACGCCUGGGCUUUGCCGCCGGCGCUCUCUGUAGCACUCUCGGGCCUGCAGGGCGGUUGGUGCGAUGCGUACCGCUGCAUCUAUCUGGUGCAGAACGACCGCUGCCACAUCACGCUGAGCUCGGGUCAUCAUACAGUGGUACCACUGUCACAAGAUACUCGGGCCGUGUGGUGGAUGCAGCGCUGGUACGUGGAUGAGGAGGCAGUCCUCAAGGCCAGAAGAAAAGGAGAACUCCGAUGGAAGCCGACCAAUUCGCAAGAUCAACCUUUGGUGUGGUGGUACUACUGCCAAUAA